GUCAGUACACGCGCCACGUUGUGAGAGAAAGAUAACCGGCACGUUGUCUGAUUAAAUCUCGUUCCUCAUUAUAGUAUAUCACGUGGUAUAAAAGACACGAUGGUGGACAGUAUUUACCGCACACGCUCUCUCGGUGUGGCCGCUGUCGGCCUGCCGGAUCAGUACGCCGACGGUAAAGCGGCCAAAGUGUGGCAGCUGUACAUCGGAGACACCAAGAGCCGCACAGAGGAGUACCGCAGCUGGGUGGUGUCUCUGCUCAAACAACAGGGCUGUAACAUGGUGCUGGAUGUAGCCUGUGGCACGGGUGUGGACUCAAUCAUGCUUCUGGAGGAAGGGUUCAAGGUGGUCAGUGUAGAUGCCAGCGAUAAGAUGCUGAAGCAUGCACUCAAGGAGAGAUGGGUGAGGAGGAAAGAGCCAGCGUUUGAUAACUGGGAGAUUGAAGAGGCUAACUGGCUUAUGCUACCCGAAGAAAUUCAGAAGCCUGGAGACGGAUUCGAUGCGGUUAUCUGCCUGGGGAACUCGUUUGCUCAUUUACCAGAUUUUAAAGGGGAUCAGAGCGAUCAGAAGCUGGCGCUGCAGAACAUAGCCAGCAUGGUGAAACCUGGAGGAAUCCUGAUCAUCGAUCACAGGAACUACGACUACAUCCUCGAAACAGGCAAAGCUCCUCGGGGCAAGAACAUUUAUUACCAGAGUGAUUUGAAACAAGACAUCGACACCUCUGUACUCUGGGUGAACAACAAGCCCACCAUGGUGACACUGGACUACACACUGGAGAUCCCACAGCCUGAUGGAUCACAGAAAGCACCUGAGACAAGUAAAUUCCGCCUGUCGUAUUACCCGCACCGGCUGGAGAGCUUCAAGGAGCUACUGAAGGCAGCGUUCUUUGGAAAGUGCAAGCAGAAAGUUUUUGGUGAUUUCAAGCACUAUACUCCAGGACAAGGAGAAGCUCCUUGUUACUUUAUCCACGUUGUUGAAAAGACUGCUUAAGGCAAUCUUUAUGACCCCAAAUCUUUAUCUCUGCUAUUGUUUCAUACGCAUUAUCUCUGCUUCGUUUGCCAUUGUUUUAACAGCGGUCUGACCUUGAAAGCUUUCCACAACAGCAAAGGAAGAGCUGAAGACACAAUGCUGAAGAUCAUCAGUUCACACAGAAUGUGUGAAACCCAAAGAAUACUGGGGCUUUAAUGCCAGUGUUGCACCAUGGGGCUUUAAUGCCAGUGUUGCACCAUGGUGCAUCAGGCAGCUCAUAUUUGUGUGUGUGUGUGUGUGUGUGUGUGUGUGUGUGUGUGUGUGUGUGUGUGUGUGUGUGUGUGUGUGUGUGUGCCACUGAGGAUUUUGUCCAUUUUGCAAACAUCAACAGCAUAAUUCAUUUCUGAUUCCUCAGCUGUAGGUACGGUUAAUGCUUAGCUUGUGAUAGAAGCUUCCGUGAUACUAAACUUUUAUAAUCUUUUUUUUUUUAUUUUUUUAUUUGACUGUGUAUAAACAGAUCUGCAUUGCAAAAUCUAAAUACACAACUACAUCUCUUAACCUAAAGGCCAACUGAAGAAACAAAGUGUCCGGUUUACUCAUCCAUAUCUUCCGUUGAAGUCAGCUAGAAAAACCUUUUACAAACAGAACUCUUUGCUUUUCCUCCAGCUUUACUACCAUCCAUCUUUUGUUUAAAAUGUUGUUGAAAAACCUUUCAUUAACAGACUGAGGCAGAGACCCAAAUUCUCAUUACUCCCUGUAGUCUGAUUAAGGCCAAAGACUGUAUGGAUAUUUUCUUUAAAAACUGGCGUAUUAAAAAAUGUGUAUUAAAUUAACAGAGACAUUUAAAGGAUUACUCCACACCAACAUUUGGACCAACAUUUACUGAAUGUUGCAGUGUAUUCUUGCGGAGAUUAAUUUAAACAUUUAUCUCUGACUGUUUUAUCCUCGGUUAAAAGUUUUCCACAUUAUUUCACUGCUAGUGAAAAAAGUUCAAAUUUUAAUUCUAAUACCGUCGCCAAAGGAGUUAUACCUGUCCUCACAUACAGUAGAUUGUCAACUAGCCUACCCAAGGCUCUGUCGUAACUCAGCACAACUACACAUGUUAACCUACGUUAGAGAGGCUCACAAUCGGUAACUCGUCACUGGGUUAAUGCUGAGUUAACUGGAAAAUAUAGCACUAGCUGUAUCAAAUCAUUUAAUGCAUUUCAUGGUCCUUUAAGACUGUGAUAGUGUUUACAAAGCUCACAGUCUCCAGCUGCUGAAAUGAUCAUUGAUUGACUGAGUUUAUAGAAUGUUUAAAUAUGCACUACAGAAAAAUGUAGAAUCGUACAUUUUCUCAUCCAAACGGUUUGUUGAUAUGUUAUUAAUGUUUCACUUGCUCAAGUGUUUGUUUGGUCUGUCUCCAAAGUGCAGAGUUCAGGUAGAAAUUGUUCAACCACUGCUUGUCCUAAUGUGACCUAAAAUGAAUGAAGUGUAAUUUCAGGUCACUUUAGGACCUUUUCAAGAUUGUUUGUACUUUCAGAUAUACAUAAUGACAUGUCAAUAUUAUAUUGUUCUUGCUAAAGUACCGUUUUUGUAUAAGUAAGAAUCUACAUUAUACUGACAUAGUAUUUUGGUAUAUGUUAUUGCAGUGUAAUCAGAAAUGAUCAAACUGUUGGUUAUUUUAAGGCAGCAGCUGAUUUUGUAUCUUGAUGGUUUUUUGGCUGAAAGUGAACGAACACGUUCAGAACGAACGCCUUGUUGUCCAAAUGCUUUUAAAUCUGCGAACAGUGUAUAAUUUCUUUUUGUUGAUUUAUAUAAAAUUACAUGUAAAUAAUUAUAGACAAGAUAAAGAAAAGUCUUAUAUUACAGAGAUUUACAGAACUUUAAUUAAACUGCUGUGUUAAUAUUUGAUAUUUUCUGUCGAUUAGAAGAUAUAAAAACCACAGUAUGAAUGUUAGUAUUCAUUCUUGUUUGAAUUCAUUAUUUGUAUAAGAAUAAAGUACAUACACACAAAUAUUUUUGCCAAAACACAAUCACUUAAUCCCAUAUUUUUGUGCAUCAUUAAAGUCAAAAUGGCAAAAUUA